CACCGGACGGCCUCGAGCUCUAAGAGUGUUCGUCAGGUCGAGCAGCGAUGUCUUCAGGACUGGCUGUGUUGUGUCUCCUGCUCCUGCUCACUGGAGCUCAGGGCUUCGGGAUAUUGCCAGGAGAUUCACUGAAUCACCUGGAAAUAACCGAGAGAGCGAUUUUAGAUACCGCUGUGCAGGUGUGCCAUGCUCUGGCUCAAGCUGAAGGGACAGACUUCUCUUUUCCGACACAGCCUUACACCGCAAAGUCUGUCGCCGUGGCCUGCGGCGCACCUAAAUCAUCCAAGAGUUUCCGCCAAGCCAUUAUUUUCAUCACAGUGAUGAAUGUACGUGUGGACAUCCGUCAUGCCCUCAAUGCAAGCUUCCACUUUGAUGAAGAGAUGUUUGUCCAAGGAAGGAAAAUCAUCACUGAGGGACUCCUGGCUAUAAAAGCAAACAUCAAGCAAGAAAAUUUUGAAGCAGCGAGGCAGAAACUGGGAGAGAUUUGUCAUCCCACACAGGACUUCUACAGUCACAGUAACUGGGUGGAGCUGGGAAACAAAGUCCCAAACGCUAAUCUGAUCAGAUCCGACACCAGCAUUGGUAACAUAGCAGAUGAAAGCAGGGCGACAUGUCGCAACUGUGAUGGAGACAACUGCACGAACAACAUCUUGGAGGACGUCAUCGAGGGGCAGAUACUGACCUCGGGAUAUUUUGGGAUUGUGCCUUUAGUCUCAACCAAACCAAAAGGAAAGUGCAGUCACGGUGGAGCAGUUGAUCAGACAAGUACCAUCGAACCUAAAGGUGGGAUCAACAAAGACACUUUCAGCGCCAGCCAUGGACAUCUCCACACCACCGCAGCUAAUCUGGCGAUAGCUGCGACCAGUGAGCUGCUACAGAACAUUCGACUGGAUGCUGGAGACAGACCGUUCCUACAGAUGAUUGGAAUCUCCAAAAGGUCCAGUAAAGCUCUUUGCUUUGUGAUCGACACCACGCAAAGCAUGAGCGAAGACAUUGACGCAGUGAAGAGCGUCACUUCCUCCAUAAUCAACAGUGAAGCGGGAACAGAGGACGAGCCCGCGGCGUACAUUCUUGUGCCUUUCAACGAUCCAGAUGUUGGGAUGCUGGUAAAGACGACAGAUUCCACUGUGUUCCAGACUGUCAUUAAUGGACUAUCAGCAUCUGGAGGAGGAGACGAGCAGGAGCCGAGUCUUUCAGGGCUUCAGCUGGCUUUAAUGAGCGCUCCUCCUAAUUCUGAGAUCUUCCUCUUCACGGAUGCAGCUGCUAAAGACAAACAGCUGAAGAGCACCGUGACGGCACUCAUAGAGCGGACCCAGUCAGUGGUGAACUUCAUGAUUACAAACUCAUCGGCGCUCAAUCGUCGGAGACGGCGUGAUGACAGACAGCUGAGCAGCAGGAUAUCAGCGUCAGACGCUCAGCUGUACACAGACCUGGCUCAGACUUCAGGAGGUCUGGCUGUAGAAGUCUCCAAGAGCGAGCUGCCCAAGGCCAUCGGCAUCAUUACAGAGUCCUCCAGCUCCUCUCAGGUGACUCUUCUGCAGGCAGCCAGGAACCCUGGAGAGGCCGAUAACUUCACUUUCAUAGUUGAUGAAACGGUAACAGACCCGAGAGUUCACAUCACUGGACGCUCCGUCAGAUUCACUGUCAUCAGCCCGACAGGUGAAUCUCAGCAAAGCGGCGACUCGACAGGAUCAGUGAUCACUGCGUCCACGUCGGCGGGAAACUUCAUCACUCUGCGGCUGAAAAAACAAAGUGGACGAUGGGAAGUGAGGAUGGUGUCAGCUGAUCCCUACACGCUGAAGGUCACGGGUCAGAGUCCCGUUGACUUCCUGUUUGACUUUGUGGAGGCGUCGCAGGGUCCGAUGGGAGGGUUUGAUGUUCUGGACACGCGUCCCAGAGCUGGUGUCAACAGCAGCUUGUUGGUGUCUUUAACGGGGAGCGACACCGCCACGCUGACAGAAGUCGCCCUGGUUGAACUGUCGGGUUCAGGAGGGAUCAGAGGAGUCGUGGAAACACAGGACAGCGGAAACUUCCUGGUCCUCUUCAGCAUGAUACCAUCGGUGGAGUUUUCGGUGCGGGUGAAGGGGCAGAAUGUCAGCGGGACCUCCACCGCUUCAGAAGUCUUCCAAAGGCAGUUUUCCACCAGCUUCAGAUCCUCCAAUCUGACGGUUACCGCUGAUUCAAACAGCAUCUUGACACCAGGAACACCGUACACUGUGCCCUUCUCUGUGAUGACCAAUGGGAGCGGAGGAAACUUCACCAUCCGAGCCACCAACAGCCGAAGUUUUGACUCGACAUCUCCGACCAGUUUAAUUCUGGAAGCUGGAAAAGAUGCGAAUGGCACAGUGACGCUCACGGCACCUCGCAAUACUCCAUCUGGUACUGACCUCACCCUGACCAUUGAGGCCGAGGCUGCGGUGGGCGGAGAUACGAACUAUAUCAUGCUGCGUAUCUCAAUCAUUAACCCGUUGACAGACUUCACUGAGCCGAGGUGCGAGCUGAUCCAACUACAGGCCAACUGCUCUGAGAACUGCAGCAUGUCCACGUGGGAUCUCUCUGUCCGGGUCAGUGACGGGGCUGACGGGACGGGAGUCGAUCGUGUCAGCCUCCAAAAGGGCAACGGGACCUUGAACACCAGCCUGGACGCCGGCAACGAGAACGUAACGCUGGUGUCCUACAGCGCGUCCUGCUGCGACGCUGAUGUGCAGCUCCAGGUUGUGGACCGGGUGGGUAACGUCGGCUCCUGUUUCUACACCAACAGGGAAGGUUCACAGUCUGCUCAGUCUUCCUCCACCAGAGUCAGACAGCCUCUCCUCCUCUGCCUGAACACAGUGAUGUUAGGGUUUCUUUUAAUGACACAACUGGGCCUUCGGUGAAACAGUUAAAGCUGCGCUGAUCUAUGUCGACACUAAACUGGCUGUGUGUACUGUGGAAAGAGUUCCCUGUAGCGUCAAACCCACAACUGUUCACUGUGCAUUUACCUGAUGAUUCACUUCAUGGUUCAAGCUCUGAUACGUCCGCUUGUAGAACGGCCAUGGAUUUAUCUUCUUCUUUAUGCACUAUUAUCUCACAAUAACGACUUAUUAUCUGGUUAUCUCAAUAUAACAAAGAUUGUUUUCUCGUGAUGAAAUGAAUUAAU